CGUUGCAAGGAUACACGGCAAACUACUGCUCUACAGAUGUCGGAAGCCCCAGCGGUCGACGAGACGUUGGAAUCAGACGACGUGACGGAAAUUUUGGACGAGCUUGUUGAGGCGCAGAACCACUCCUACGUGCUCGGGCUCAAGCUACUGCCGCAAUACGAGGUGGAGGCUAUUCACUGCCGAUACCAGGAUCCCCUAGACCGUCUUCUGCACAUUCUUUUUGUCUUUACGAGGCAAAUCCAGCCCAGACCGACAUGGAGGGUCAUUGUGGAAGCUCUCAGGAGUCCUUCAGUCAACCUACCAGCACUAGCUGCGAGGGUGGAAGCGGUUCAUUUCCUUGACUCUACCGCAACACGUGAUGUGGUACCUAAGACUACUGGUGCCCCAGAGAUCGACGAGAUGUUUAAAUCAGACGACGUCUCGGACAUUUUGUAUGAGCUUGUGGAGGCACAGAAUCACUCCUACGUGCUCGGGCUCAAGCUACUGCCGCAACACGAGGUGGAGGCGAUUCACCGCCAAUACCAGGAUCCCAAAGAGCGUCUUCUGCACAUUCUUCUUUUCUUUACGAGGCAAAUCCAGCCCAGACCGACAUGGAGGGUCAUUGUGGAAGCUCUCAGGAGUCAUUCAGUCAACCUACCACGUCUAGCUGCGAGGGUGGAAGCAGCUCAUUUCCCUGACUCUACCGCAACACGUGACGUGGUACCUGAGACUACUACUGAGUCUGCAGUCAACACUACUGCUGCUGAUGAAGAUGAGGUCAAACCAAAGCCGUUUUCUCAUCUGAACCCUGCUAAUAGUAAGAAUAAUUAUACCUUGGUUAACCCUCGGCGCGCGCGCAUGCGCAGCGAAGGUCGACGCUUAUUCUGGCACUACAGGCUAUGAGGCGGCCUAUUAGCGAUACCAGCGGCUUAAGAACUACGCGAGCCUGAAAAUUGAAAGGGUGAUUCUCCUAAAACGACUGCGUUCGAGAGAUAUGCCGUGAAAAUGAAAAGCACUAAAGUGCAAACCCUCGGCGAACUGCACAUGUGCGGUACCACUAAUUGAUGGGCUGGGUUUUUUAUGCCUUUACUCGUGGUAUCCCGCUAGUAGC